CCUCCCCAGAUAAUAUAUUAAAAAAAAGGAGGAAGAAGAAGCCGCUCCCAUCUCAAACACUAAACACUGAAAAACCCUAAACCAGAAAGAAAGUGGUUCGCUUUCGUACUCCCCUCUUACCCCACCCUCCCCAUCAAUGGCUUCCCAAAUGGCAAUUCUAACAAGAACAACAAAAACCCUAAUGAAAGCCCUAUACCCCCAAAUCAAAUCAAUAUCCACCUUCGCUCACCUCUCGCAAGAAGCCCAUCUCGCCACCGACCACCCUCCCUCCGAUCACUCAAACCCCAACUCUGUUUCAACACCUUUCCCUCCAAAUCCAGCUUCCGGAAGCCCACUCUACAAUGACACAAACUGGCGAAACCCAAUCCCAAUCUACGAAAAUCCUAACUCCCCUAUGAUCCCGCUCGGUCCCUUCCAUAACCAAACCUCUAGAAUCCAAUCAAUGCCUCCAAACAUGGACUUGAAUUCGCUAUCGAAUAUGCUUGCUGAUUGGACCACGUCACAGAGAUGGGAAGAUAUCAAGGGGUAUUUUGAGGCGUGGAUUAAGUCACUAGAUAGAAAUGGGAAGCCUAAUAAGCCUGAUGUUAGCUUGUAUAAUCAUUAUUUAAGAGCUAAUUUAAUGAUGAAAGCUAGUGCUGGUUAUUUGCUUGAUUUGGUUGCUCAAAUGGAGGAUUUUAAUCUUUCGCCUAAUACUGUUUCCUUCAAUUUUGUUCUUAAAGCUAUGUAUGAAGGUCUUGAGACUGAGGCCGCUGAGAAGUUGCUUCAACGGAUGGAGCAUACGGGAAAAGAAUCGCAGCCUGAUGAGGAAUCCUAUGACCUGGUUGUUACCAUGCUUCUCAAUAAAGGCAACAUUGAUGCUUUUGAUACUGCCUUGAAAUAUAUAGAUAAAAUUCUAAAAGGCGAUUACGUGUUAUCGAUGAAAGUAUUUGAUGCAUGUGUUAGAAGCUGUUGUAACUUUGGCAGACUUGAUGUGUUGCUAUCGAUUAUUGAGAAGUGUAAGAAAAUGGAUCAGAACAAAGCUCUCUGUCCAAAUUGGAACCUAUGCAACCAUAUUGCUGAAAUUGCAUUAAAAGAGGAUAACAGCAAGUUAUUGUUUUGUGCCCUGGAGUUUAUGGCUAGAUGGAUUGCUCGAGGAGAGAAGGCAAGGCCUAUUGUUCUACUUUCAGUGGAUGAAGGAUUGAUUGUGGCUGCGCUUGGAACUGCUGGCAGGACCUACAACUCCACUCUCCUGGAUGCAUCAUGGGCAAUCCUUCGCCGCUCUUUACGUCAGAAGAAGCCUCCUAACCCGGAAUCGUAUAUUGGGAAGAUAUAUGCCCAUGCAUCAUUGGGCAGUCUGCAGAAGGCUUUUGCUACUUUGCGUGAAUUGGAGUCUUGUUAUGGGAGUUCUGAUAAGGAAGCAGAAGAAGAAUUGUUCUCACCAUUCUCUUCUUUGAAUCCACUAGUUCUGGCUUGCUCCAAGAAGGGUUUUGAGACUUUGGACUCGGUAUAUUUUCAGCUAGAGAAUUUAAGUCGUGCAGAAUCUCCAUACAAGUCUGUGGCUGCUCUUAAUUGUAUAAUUUUAGGUUGUGCAAAUAUAUGGGAUCUUGACCGCGCCUACCAAACUUUUGAAGCGAUUAGUUCUUCUUUUGGGUUGACCCCUAAUAUUCAUUCAUACAAUGCUCUAAUAUUUGCAUUUGGAAGGCUCAAGAAGACAUUUGAAGCUUCAAAUGUGUUCGAGCACUUGGUGAGCUUGGGUGUUAAACCCAAUGCAAUGUCAUAUUCAUUGCUUGUUGAUGCUCAUCUCAUCAACCGAGAUACAAAAGCUGCUGUGUUGGUGAUUGACAAGAUGGAUUCUGCUGGAUUUGUCCCUUCCAAGGAAAUACUAAAGAAGGUCAAAAGGCGCUGUAUUCGAGAAAUGGAAUAUGAGAGUGAUGAUCGAGUAGAAUUCUGGGCUAGAAAGUUUGACUAUCGAUUGGGCUCUCAAAAUCGUAGGGACUUGUUGUUUAAUCUGGAGUACAGCACUGAUUUUGCUUGAUUGGUUUGGUUACUGUUUCUUCUUGGUAAUCUCAGUGGUGGCAGUUUGCUUGUUCUCCAGCUGCUGUCCAAUGAAAUUCUUUCCUGUCUGUGCAUUACUUAAUUGUACUCGAUUUUGACUUUGGCAGGACUGAUACAAGGAUCAGGAUUGAUCUGAUUAUCGUAACCUCUAUAUCGUCCAUAUGCUUCUCGGUUUUUUUUUUUUUUUCUACUGAGGGAAAUCUAUAGGGCAGGGAAAUGUUGGUCCAAAAGAUUUUCAAUGUUGACAAAUAAAUGUAGGACAAUCUUGAUUUCUUAUGUAGGAUAGAAAUUCUGCAAUGACUUAGGUACUCUACUGGUGAGAUGUUUGUCUUUCUGUCUGUAAAUCUAGUGCUUAAGCUAAUUUUGUCUUCAAGGAGUACUUUGCGUAAUGCAGUUAUUUUUUGGAGAUAUAA